UUUAAUGAAUUGAAAAGAAAGAAAUUGAAGCAGAUGCCACUUGAUGCUGGAUGUCUUAAAUCUCAUGCAGAAACAUUAUAUAGUGUUCUAUUGAAGCCAGUAACUUCCUCAACUGCAGCAUGGAGGAAGGGAAGCAAAGAAAUUCAGGGCCUGGCUGACUGUCUUGACUCUUACAGCAAGUACCUGGAAACAAAGAAUGAAGAAAUGCAGAAAACCCAUGCAGAGAAUCACCCUGCAAGAACAAUAGCCGAAGAUGCAACUAUUGAGCAUAGGAAACCAACAGCAAUAGUCAAGCAGCAAUACCUCCUGUUAGAUGCUGUCAUGAAAGGAAAGGAAGUUGGAGAUUUUCUGUUUUUUAAUGAAAAAGAACAUGCCCCUGAACCAUUUAUAGACUCAAAGCAGAAAUACCGAUUUCUCAAGAAUCUUCAAUUGUCUGUUCCAGUGGACAUUUUAAAAUUCUGUCCAGGAGGAUCUACAAUCGCCUCAUUCAUCAUUUCUAAAACAUCAGAAAACCGCACAGAGUCACAGAUAUUAGUCCAGGGUGCCAGAUUGUUACAGACCGCAAGAUCUGAAAUGCAGGAAUAUCACACCCGGGAAAUGAAAAAAGGGUUUAAAGAGAAAAUCAACAACAUUACCACGUUGUCACCAUCUGUGGUGGAGUAUAUAUAUAAGGAGUUGGCAUUUGAUGGCAGCCAAACUACAAAUCCUAUUAUGCAAGAGCGUUUGCGUCUCAUUUCAUUGGGCCAUACAGAUUUGAUUGCCGAUCUGAGACAUACCAAUCCAGGAAGACCUAACACAAAGUUUGAUGUGUUUUUUGAAAAACUUCAGGAUGCACUUGAGGAUAUAACAGCUGCUGAUGACAGGAGACACGGCAAUGCUCAUCUCAGUGAAUUUAUUUCAGUUUCAGACAUGAUCCAAAGAGCGGCAUCUACUUGUCCACCUGGCACCCCUGUUCCCUCAGCAAGUCUUGUGAAACUACAGUUUGCUCCAAGAAAUCCAUAUUGUCAAGGAGCUUUGAAUUUUACUUCUCGAUUGAAUGUACAAUUCAAAAUUCAAAGAAGACAACUACGCACGACUCAUCCUGACAGCCAUUUUUGUAAUGCCCAGUUGAAGUAUUUGAAGUCCUUUGCUGUAGAGGAAGCAGAACAAUGCAUGAUGGUGUGCUGUGAUGAUAAGGCAAAAGUACCAAUCGGUGAUCCAGGUACAGCAGUAUCAACAGGAGUGAGGGGGAAAAAGUCGAUAGUGCCUACUUCCAGUACCCUUGUUGCCCUUGAUCAUGAUAUGACUCGGUGUUCCCUCACACCAUCAGUUGUAUUACAAUGCCAAGUGCCAAAAAGUGUUGACAAGUCUUUUGUCCGUGGAAAGGUUUUUACUGUGCUGAAUGAUUCCGUUUUUCAGCCUGCUUCUCCUUUUCGACAUGCAGCAUUCCUCUCAAAGAUGAUGCAGAAUUCAGAAAAUCUGAAGCCAAUACUGUUAAAGUUCACCGAUGGUGGAGUAGAUCAGCGAAACACACUUGAAGCUGUUAAAUUGGCAAAUGUCUGCUUGUUUAAGGAGUUUAACUUGGACCUCUUGAUCCAUGCUCGCUGUGCACCAGGACACAGUUAUACAAAUCCGGCAGAAAGAGUGAUGAGUAUUUUAAAUCUAGGGCUGCAAAAUGUAUCUUUAGAGAGGACACCCUGUGAGAAGAAAAUUGAAGAUGGUUUGAAAAACAAGAAUAGCAUGGCAGAAAUCAGGACAUUUCAUGAAGAAAAUCCAAACUUGGGAGUAAGAAAAGCGUGGACAGAAUCCCUGGAAGAAGUUAAACGAACUAUCCAGAACAGAUUUAUCAGACUGAAGCUUAAAGAUGAACCGAUCCAGGUCUUAGAUCCUCUUAGUGACGAAGAUAUUGAGGUUUUGAAACGACACCUUAAAGAACUGUUCCCCGAAAUGGACUUAACUAAAUUACAGAAGACGCACACGAAAAAAGUAAAGUCAUACCAAGCUUGGAUGGACAGGCACUGUAAAUGUACACAGUAUGUUUUUCAAAUCAAGAAAUGUGAGGAUGUUGCUUGUUGCAUUCCCCCUAAAAGUCCUUUACCUUCAUGGCUGCCAGACCCCCAGUUGGAUGCUACAGGGGAUCAUUACCUUCCUUACUCAGAGGUUAGAGGGCAGGAAACUACAGAAAAGGACAGACCAACCCUUAAACUUUUGAAAGAGAAAAAAAAGAAACCGGUACCAAUUGACUCCACUGAAAAUACACUAGUCAACACUGCAAAUCAAGAAGAAUCUACAGAUGGCCAAGAAUGCUCUACAAAUAUGCAAGGGAAGACAAGUGAGAACCUCAAUCAACACCAAGUCUCUGUACUGUACAGAAUGCCAGGUCGCUUGUAG